GUCGAGACGUUCUCGAAUGAAACGAAAAUAAAAAAUUACGCUACGAGACGCUUCGAUGGGAACGAGGACUCGAUUCCUUGUUUCUUUCAGUCGGUUCGCGGCGGCAUGAUUAGAUAAGCGGUCGGUUCAUAGUGCGCCCGAGAUGCAGAGAGCAUAAGAGACCAGGAGGCUCGUGGACCGACCUCAGUUAAAGCCGUUAGUGCAUACUGGCGAACUCGAUUGGCGAACCGCGAGCAUCGCUUCCUCUACCAAAAGACGCGGCGAACCAUCUCGCGAGAGACUCGCGUACACGCGCGCGCCUCGAAGGAAACAGUUGCGCGUUCGACGGUAAAUCGGUUCAGCGCACGGGAGUUCUUUCUGAGAUCAGCUGCCGCGAAUCCCGGGGCGAGAUAUGAAUCCGUCUUCGAGGAGGAAAUCGUGUCAGCAGACAUAUUCGGAUUAAUUCUAACUCAUCAGACCAGAGGAUCGGACCGUGAAGGAUUUCUCCGGUGAACAGGCGACUGGAAAUCGAACGAUGCCAGCCUGCAGGAGCGAGAACCCGUCGAGAGUGUGGUCCUCGAGUCCGCCGAUCUCGAGGAGCAGCAGCGUGUCUCCGCUCAUACCCAGCUCGCCGCUGUCGACGUCGCCGCCCCUGGUGUCGCCGAUAUCCACCCUGAAGAGCUCGACGUCGAACGCUUCGAACUCGUCGAAGAUAUACCAUGUUCCUACAUUGACGAACACCUCGAGGACUCCCGCCGUGAUCGUUUCACCGAGGCGUCAGCAACAACAGCAGCAGCAGCAUCUACAACAGGGGACGCAACUGAAUUUCCAGCCGCUACCGACACAAGGUCAAAACCACAACCGGAACGAGCCGUUGCUGUUGAGGAUACUGACCGCGUAUUUCGGACUGCUGCUGGGGAUCUUCCGAGGAAUCGUCAGCGUGAUCAGCUACGCGAUCCGGGCGCCGGCGCUCUGGGUGUCGGUCUGGGUUUACAUGAUAUGGCUGAUUUUCCAGCUGCCGUUGACCGCCCUCAAGUGGUUCAUCACCGUCCUCCACACGCCGGCGUUGGAGCGAGUGCGCAGCAAACGGUGCGUCUUGAUCAGCGGCGGUAGCACCGUGCAAUCCGUGCACCUGGCUCGCAACUUCUACAAGGCCGGCGCCAGGGUGGUGAUCUGCGAGCUGGAGGGUCUGUUCGGGCUGGCGAAGUUCUCCACCGCGUGCUCCAAGUUCUACACGAUCCCGAAGCCCAGUCCAGGGAACGCCGCCGAGUAUGUAAAAGCCCUGAAGGACAUCGUUCACAAGGAGAAAGCUGCGUACUACAUACCGGUCAGCGCCAGCAACACGGCCUACUACGACGCUCUGACUAAGCCCUACCUGGAGGUGAUGGGCUGCGAGUGUUUCGUGCCCAGUGCGGGCGAGGUCGCCGUCCUCGACGACCCCAUGGAGAUGCUGCGAAGAUGCUGCUCGCUGGCCCUGCCCACGCCCUAUCAUUGCAUCCUGCGUUCCUCGGAGGACGUCUCGCGGUUCUACGAGCAGAACACGGUAACCACCGGCAGGUACCUGUUGCUGGCCGCGGGUCCAGCAGGGAUGAUAGACAGGACGAAGAUAGCACUGCCGCCGACGAUCAGGGAGUUCCGGAACCAGCAGCACGAGGUCAGCGACAGCAAACCGUGGCUGGUGAUCCGCGACCCGAGCGGCAAGCAUUACAUCACCUGCACCACGGUGAAGGAGUCGAGGGUCGUGUCGAACGUGACCUGCCUGAUCGACGGGCGAGGCUUGAUCCCCGAGGAGCGGUCGGAAGUGACGCAGUGGCUGGACAGAUUCAUCGGCGGGCUGUUCUGGAGGAUCAACGGACACUUGAGCUUCAGGUUAGCGGUCACGGAGGAUGGAGAGUUGGUGCCGAUCGGCUGCCACGUGGGCGUCAGUCUGCCUUACAUCUGUCACACGGGAGUCCAUCCUCGGCUCGUCUGGAAACCGUGCAGACACUUUUCCAGACAAAACUCCGGGAUCCUGAGCGCAACGGACAGGAACCAGCCAGCCGACGCUACCACCUGUGCCUCGAAGCUGCCUGCCGGGGAUACCUUCCCUCAUCUGUUGGGCACCUUGCUGAACAAACGGGAUGCUCUGUUCACGUACUGGGACCCGCUGCCCUACUGCAUCUACUACCAUCUGCAGCUGCCGUUCAGACGGCUGGCGGGCAUGAUCAGGCCGCAGCAACACAACCCUCCGUUGGCGAGUCGGAGGAGGGUAAAGAACGGAUACUCGAAGGAGGGACGCGCGUGUAGGUGAUCCUCGCGCAGACGGUCUUCUCAGUAUUCGCGGACGCCCCGGUCGAAAGGGUCCCCACGAGAGAACACGCCUCGGCGAUGGAAACGGCGAUCCGGCUAGCAAAGGUCAAGUUCAGAUCGAGCUUCGGAUGAGAAGCGGCCGAGCGAGAAUCGAGCUGGGACGGAGGGCACACGCUCGAAUCACGUGCCGCGCCGGCCAUGUAGUUUUUUCUGCGCGGCAAGAUAAUUGACGCGUGGUUCCUAUCUUCGGGCCGGCACGAGAGGAAGCUGAAACGUUCGAGAGCUUUCGAGCCCGUACAACUUGUAUCGCGUAUCGGCGAGUGUAAAUAGUGGUGCGAACAAUCGGCCCAAUAACACUGGCGCGCUCGUCCGUCCGUGCACGAUUUCUCUUCCGCUAAGACUCCUGCUCUCCUUUUUCUUGUUUUCCCGUUUGAGACGGUCGACUUUGAACUCGCUAGAUAAAUAACGCGACGCGCACAGACGCUCGGAGAAUGACUUUACGGAUCUGAUAUUUAGAACUGUCCGCGCCUCGACACGCCGUGUCCGGGGAAUGGUAAAUAACGUCCAACUUUAGGAUGCUCGGUCGGAAGGUCGAGCAUCCCCUGGUAUACGGUUUCUGAAUCUCGCGAGUCUCGCGGGACACUUGUAUCUAUAGUAUUUCGUAUUUCAUAAGUUAACAGGCAAUAAGGUUCCGUGUACAUACGCGUGCAGAUGCCAUACAGUCUGCAAGUCAAUAAAACGUAAUCUGUUUUUCUAAUGCCAGUGUUUUCUUUUCCCCCACUCUCCACCGUGCCAGAUUCCCCUCGUACAUUCUUAGUUCUAUUGGCGAGUGCUGAUUAAGAAUUGACAAUUGACAUGUUUCGCAACGUUAGAACAGAGUCAGAAAUCUUG